GCAAAAAUGAGAGGGAGGAAGAGAAAGGACAUAAAAUGCAACUAUAACCUCGACAAAGACGUCACCAGCGGCACGCUCUGGUCGGCACGCGGAGGAAAGGGCGUGAACUAGAUGUUGGGAGGGACUUAACAGUUCUCCGCCAGCUUCUCCGGCUUCUGCCCCUCCAACCUUCGCUCGCAUAAAGCACGCAGCUCCUGCCGCAUCCACCAUCACACCUUCAAGGGCUGGGUCGCGACUACAGACCGCAAGUUACCAUACUCACAAGGAAGUGCGGAAAAUAAGCUCAACAUGGGGUUACUUGGGACGGUUAUCUACCCCUACGUCAUACCCAUGCUCCUGGGCAGAACAUUUGACCUGUUCAAGGCUCAAGUGGGCGUGGACAUCUUCCCUCAAGACACCAUCAGGAAGCCAAUCCGCAUUCACCGUAGCUUUGUUACUUCAGACUUUCAGCUUAUCCGAAACGACACUGAAGCCAAGAGAUUUUUAGGUCUCUCCGAAGAUGUCUCCUUACGAGUGAAGGCCGGCAUUCUGAACAUCGGUGCCACGGGAGACUACCUGAAGGACAUUCAAACGAGAGAGAACUACUUGGAGAUUCUGGUCAAGUCUUUGUAUGAGACUUUCACAGAAACGCUGCAUGGUUCCGCCGACCCCAUCCAGGACUGGGACCUGCUGAGCCCCACCUCGCUGGGCACCCACUACGUCAGAAGUGUAACCUACGGAGGACAACUGCUGGCCUCUCUGCGGCUGCAGGUCAAGAGCGAGGGUGAGAAGGAGGCGCUGGAGAAGUACCUGACAUCGCAUUUCAGCUUCACCGAGGUGGCCGUCUCCGUGAAGGUGAGCGAAGGAGAGACAACCUACCGCCGCGAAAUGAACUCUUUCGAGGAGAAGUUGAAAAAGAUGAUGUACGACGUCAAGGAGAAGAUGGGGUCGGACAUUAGCCUGAACAUUAAAUACUACUCCACCGUCAAUGCCCCGUACGUGCCGCAAGAUGUUGGCAGCUUCUUGUCCGUGCUGGAGGCCUUCCCGGCGCAGGCCGCUAAGAUCAACGGUGGGUUCGGUGUGCCCCUGACGGUGGAGCUGGUGCCUCUCCACGACCUGUCUUCCCGCAUGACGGUGUUCAAGCCGAACUCCUUGCUGCAGAGCGCUCUCUCCGAUCUGGAGGCCAGGUUCAAUGACCUGCUUCUGACUCGCAAGCGCAUGGAGAGACACCCAUUCAACAAAACAAGAGGGCAUGGAAAGGAAUGCAAGAUGCGUGACCUGGGGACUGAGGUGCAGGACAAGAUGGCGGUGUUCAAGAAUGUGAUUCAGAACCUGGACACUGGCUCCCCCAAAGCUGGACACAUCAGCGAGCGGGCAUCCCGGCUACGAGCAGAAGCCGGAGGACGCAGACCUACUACGGAGCGCCUCAAGAACCUGGAGAAGGACGACGUUCGUGCAUUGUGGCGAGCAGACCAACGCGGGAGGCACAAUGACGCGGUGUGUCGUGUUGAACGCUUCGGGUACCUGGCCGAGCUGUCCAUGGCCAACGCCUUGUGCGCCUCGCCAACAGGUUUCAGCGGAGCCUUCCUCACCUCAAGCGCAACUGCACCAUCGCGGACACGGACCCCUGGACGCUGCGCCAGGAUUUGCCAGCAGGUGGUGGUCGGUUCCAGCCCCCCAGGACCGCGGCGAGGUGUGUUACCAAGUCGUGGCUGCGCAGCUGCAGACGGAAGCCAGUCUGGGGGCGGGGCUCGUGGUAGGGAACGGCUGGCAAGGCCAUCGGGCCAGACGGCCACUGGCCGCACAUGUGUUAACAGGCAGGCAUGCUACAGUGAGUUCUGCUGCUGUGCCUGA